AUGCGUCUCUCCAUUUUUCAGCCUCUGGUCCUGGCUCACCUUUUCAGUCUGGGCAUUGCCCAAACACCUGAUUCAACAGAUCCAGCUACGACUGCAGAGAGCAUUGCAAUCCCCCCAACAGCCUCACCGUCUGGGAGUGAUGAUGCCAGUAGCGACAGCACAACCCAACCAACAGCUGCACCGGGAGGAGGAGGCGGCUCAAGCAACUCCUCACUUGGUCCUCCCGAUGUUCAUCUCAAAGUCCCAGAACUCUCUGUCGGCCGCAUUGAGCUAGACGUCGACAACCUACAUGCAGAUAUCAACCUCAACGCGGAUAUCGCGAAGCUUGUCCAGAUCAAUGCAGGUAUCCAAGUUGGCAUCGACAAAGUCAACAUCACGAUCGCAGAUGUAGAGGCCGAACUUGAGCUCGUUGUCCGUUUGGGCAACUUAGUCGAGAUUGUUAACCGUACUCUGGCUUCCCUCGAUUUGAACCCGGCUCUCAUCAAUUUGCUCGACUCGGUCGGCGACAUCGUCGAAGGCGUUAUCGGCGCUGUAGAUGGUCUACUUGGAUCUAUCACCCAGGGCGACACGAAACUCAAUUUCCUCAUUGACAACCUUGGAAACAUUGUACAAGAAGUCACAAAAACGGGCAGCGAUGUUGUUAGCUCGAUUAUCGGAAACUACAAGCAAAACAUGACUUUCACUGGCGAUGAGAAGACUCUGAACAACGGUCUUACGCAAAGGACCUAUGAGUAUAAGGAGCUUAGUGCUCUUGUUAACAUUGUCUUUAACAAGGCUGGCCAGAUUGUUCAGGCCAUGGUUGUCAAGGGUGGCGGUAGUGGUUCUGGAGACGACGAUGAUGAUGAGCCUAGUGGCAGUGCAACCGCGUCGCAAACAGCAACAGCCACAUCUGCUCCCAGUCAAGCUACAACGGCAUCGUCUGCUUAA